AUGACGACGCCGGCGGACAACACGACAGUUACCCUCCAGGCGCAGUGUCUCUGCCGCGCCCACACCUUCACGGCCACCGUCCCCGUGUCCGCCCUCCCGCUGCGCGGCUCCUCCUGCCACUGCACCUCUUGCAGGCACGUCACCGGCGCGCUACGCACCUCCUCCGCCGCCUGGCCGGGCGACGCGGCCGCCAUUGUGCGCGCCGCCGCCGCCGGCAGUGCCAAGGACGCCGCCGGCAACGACGACGGCGGCGUGCCGCUAAGGCGGUACCGCCGCUCGCCCCGCCUGAACGUGCUCUUCUGCGGGCGCUGCGGGAGUAAGCUGUUCUUUGAGGAGUUCGAGGCCCCCGCUGCCGCUGCCGCGGCGGCAACAGCGAACCCGGCGGGGUAUCGGGUGUUUACCGGGGUUCUGAGCGUGCUGGGGGAGGUGCAGACGCAGACGCAGCUGCGUGUUGUCAGGUGUGAGGAUCACAUCUACGUGGGAGAUACGGGGGACGGCGGGGCGGCCGCCUGGCUGAGGGGGAUCAAUGGGGAGGAUGGGCCGUGCGCGAGGGUGUGGCUUGGUGGGCGGGGCGAGAGCGAGGAGGUGCCGCCCGGCAAGUGGUGGCCGGCGGUGGGGGAGCUGCUGAGCCCGGAGGUGACGCUCAAGGCUGCGGAGGGGGACAGGGGCAAUGUGCCUUUCCGCUGCCACUGCGGCGGGGUGCAGUUUGUGCUGCGCGCGGGCGAGGCGCAAAGGGACUGGGAGGAGAGGCAGCGGCGGGGCGAGGAGCUGCCCGUGUGGAUCGACCCGGUCACGCACAAGGCCCUCGUCGUGAUGGACUGCUGCGACUCGUGCCGCAUCUGGAACGGCGCCGAGGUGCUCAACUGGACGUUCGCCCUGGUCGAGCACAUCUCGUUUGCCGGCCCCGGCGCCGAUGGCUUCUCCAAGACCACGCCGGAGCUGAAGCAGGCAUUCGAAGCGAACGACGGCAGGCUCGGCACGCUUGCCAUGUACGCCAGCUCGCCCGAGGUGCAGCGGUACUUCUGCAGCAAGUGCUCGGCCUGCGUGUUUUUCGCCAUCAAUAGUCGGCCCGAGAUGGUGGACAUCGGCCUUGGGCUCCUGGACUCGCCCGAUGGCGCGCGAGCUGAGAGGGUUACCUCCUGGGCGCUAGGGGGGCGGCUGACAUGGCAGAAGGACUUCGAGGGCACCUGGAGGGAGGGCUUGUUGCAUGCCAUCUCGAGGGACUCGGAGCUGUGGAGGAUCGAAAGGGGCUAUCCCAAGAACUGGGUAAGGGCGGCACGGGAGAAGGCUGCCGAGGCGGGCGGGAAGUGA